GGGAGCCGCUCACCUUUCCGGAGCCGGGGAAGCCGCCCCGAGCCCAGGCAGGGACCCCAGCAGGGCGCAGGGCACGGCGCCCGGACCCGCGGCACCCCGGCCGUCGCGGGCGGGAGGCGGCGCGCCGCGGACCCCAGGACACGCGCGGACCCCGCUGCCUACUCCCUGCUGAUCAUGAACAAGAUGAAGAACUUUAAGCGCCGCUUCUCCCUGUCAGUGCCCCGCACCGAGACCAUUGAGGAGUCCUUGGCUGAGUUCACAGAGCAGUUCAACCAGCUCCACAACCGGCGCAAUGAGGACCUGCAGCUCGGUCCUCUUGGCAGAGACCCCCAGCCAGAGUCAAGCACCUUCUCCCCCACAGACAGUGGGGAGGACCCCGGGCAGCCGUCCCCUGGCAUGCAGUACCGGCGGCAGAACCAGCGCCGCUUCUCCAUGGAGGACGUCAGUAAGAGGCUCUCUCUGCCCAUGGACAUCCGUCUGCCCCAGGAAUUCCUGCAGAAGCUGCAGUUGGAGAGCCCAGACCUGCCCAAACCGCUCACCCGAAUGUCCCGCCGAGCCUCCUUGUCGGAUAUCGGCUUUGGGAAACUGGAAACAUACGUGAAACUGGACAAACUGGGGGAGGGAACCUAUGCCACCGUCUUCAAAGGGCGCAGCAAGCUGACAGAGAACCUCGUGGCCCUGAAGGAGAUCCGGCUGGAGCAUGAGGAAGGCGCGCCCUGCACUGCCAUCCGAGAGGUGUCUCUACUGAGGAACCUGAAACAUGCCAACAUUGUGACCCUGCACGACCUCAUCCACACGGAGCGCUCCCUCACCCUGGUGUUUGAGUACCUGGACAGUGACCUGAAGCAGUAUCUGGACCACUGUGGAAACCUCAUGAGCAUGCUCAAUGUCAAGAUUUUCAUGUUCCAGCUGCUCCGGGGCCUUGCCUACUGCCACCGCCGCAAGAUCCUGCACCGGGACCUGAAACCCCAGAACCUGCUCAUCAAUGAGAGGGGGGAGCUGAAGCUGGCCGACUUUGGACUGGCCCGGGCCAAAUCAGUGCCCACGAAGACCUACUCCAAUGAGGUGGUGACCCUGUGGUACAGGCCCCCUGAUGUGCUGCUGGGGUCCACAGAGUACUCCACCCCCAUCGAUAUGUGGGGCGUGGGCUGCAUCCACUACGAGAUGGCCACAGGGAGGCCCCUCUUCCCAGGCUCCACGGUCAAGGAGGAGCUGCACCUCAUCUUCCGACUCCUCGGGACGCCCACGGAAGAGACGUGGCCCGGUGUGAUGGCCCUGUCCGAGUUCCAAGCCUACAACUUCCCCCGGUACCUCCCCCAGCCGCUCAUCAGCCAUGCUCCCAGGUUGGACCCUGAUGGCAUCAACCUCCUGACCAGCCUCCUCCUGUACGAAUCCAAGAGUCGUGUGUCAGCAGAGGCGGCCCUGAGGCACCCCUACUUCCGGUCUCUGGGAGAGCGUGUACACCAGCUCGAUGACACUGCCUCCAUCUUCUCCCUGAAGGAGAUCCAGCUCCAGAAGGACCCAGGCUACCGGGGCCUGGCCUUUCAGCAGCCAGGGCGAGGGAAGAGCCGGCGGCAGAGCGUCUUCUGAGCCGUGCCCACCCUGCUGUGGCCCAAGGGACGAGAGGUCACACCGAGCACAGCUGCGGCAGGAUGGGGCCCGAGGAAUGAGGGAUAACGGCC